AUGGCAACUCCAAGUAAACAGAAUUACGUCAAUAUACAUGAGCACGCCUCCGGCCUAGGUCGCGCCUGCGUCGACGAAAUCUGCCACAAUGGCGGGCACGCCGCAGUGCUCGACGUGAAUGAGGAGACAGGCGCCGAGCUGGAGCGCGACCUGGGUGGCGCGAGAGUGCGCUUCUUCGUCUGCGAUGUCCUCGACACGGACAGCGUAGCCAAGGCCGUGGAGGGGGCGGCGCAGUGGGCCAAGGAGACCCAGAAGCCACUGGGCGGCGUCAUUCCCGCCGCAGGAGUAUCUACGCCGGCCACAAUCCUCGACCGUCACGGCGAUCCGUUCGACCUGGGGAACUUCGACUUUGUCAUCAACGUCAACCUCCGGGGCACAGUCGAUCUAGUCCGCCGGUCCGUGUCGCACAUGGCCCGCGGCGCCAGCGACGGCCCCGACGGCGAGAAGGGCGUCGUGAUCAUGGUGGCCUCCUCGGCCGCCUUUGACGGCCAGAAGGGCCAGGUGUCGUACAGUGCGAGCAAGGGUGCCGUGGCGGCCAUGACGCUCCCCAUGGCGCGCGACCUGGCGCGUCACGGCAUCCGCGUCGUCACCAUUGCGCCCAGCCUGUUCGAGAGCCGUAUGACGAGCGUCAUGCCGGAAAAGGUGCGGAAGAGUCUCGAGAGGGCCAUGGAGUUCCCGCUGCGGGCCGGCAAACCAGUCGAGUUUGCCAUGCUGGUUAGGCAGGCUGUUGAGAACGUCAUGCUCAACGGGACUGUUAUUAGGCUGGAUGGGGCGAUGAGGAUGCCCACCAUCAUCGCUCUCAACCAUAACCCUCCCCGACGCUCUCUGUCUCUAUCCCUUCGCGAAGUCUUCGUCAUGGCCGAAUUCAGAGUCGCAGUGCUGGACGACUACCAAGGUCUCGCCGAGACGCGCUUCGCCAAGCUCGAUGCUUCUCGGUACGACGUCACCUACUUCCGCGACACUUUGUUGCCGUACGACCAUCCAGAUACGCCGCAGUCUGUCAAGGACGAGUUGGUGCAACGGCUGGAGCCAUUUGGCAUAAUAUGUAUACCACCCCCCUCCCCCUCUCACUGCAUCCCUCUGUUGAGCCACACCCUAUGCACGAUGCGAGAACGCACACCCUUUCCAAGCGACCUGAUAGCCAGGCUCCCCAACCUCAAGCUUCUCCUCACCAGCGGCCGUCGCAACGCCGCCCUCGACCUCUCCUCGUUCAAGGCGCGCGGCAUCCCCGUGGCCGGAACAUCUCCCUCGGGGGCGAUCUCGGCGAACCCCAACGGCGCCGACAGCACGACAGAGCACACAGUCUCGCUCAUCCUGGCCCUGGCGCGCAACGUUGCCGCCGACGACGCAGCCAUCAAGCACGGCGGGUGGCAGACGGGCUUUGCGACGGGGCUGUCCGGCAAGACGCUGGGUGUGGUGGGGCUGGGUCGGCUGGGCGGGACGACGGCGCGCAUCAUGCACCUGGCGUUCGGGAUGCGUGUGGUGGCAUGGAGCGCGAACCUGACGCAGGAGGCCGCCGACGAGCGCGCGCGGGAGCUGGGUCUGCCGGCGGGCACGUUCCGCGUCGUCGGGCGGGAGGAGCUGUUUGCCGCGGCCGACGUAGUGAGCGUGCAUGUCGUCCUGUCGGAGAGGACUCGGGGUCUCAUCGGCGCAGCGGACCUGGGCAGGAUGAAGAGCAGUGCUUUCCUGGUGAACACGUCGCGGGGUCCGCUGGUCGUGGAGGAGGAUCUUCUGGCGGCGCUGAGGGGGAGAAGCAUCGCCGGCGUGGCGCUGGACGUCUUUGGCGUGGAGCCGCUGCCGCCGAACAGUCCUUGGAGGGAUCCCGGCUGGGGGGAGGAUGGCAAGACGGGCCGCGUGCUGCUCACGCCGCAUAUGGGGUACGUGCAGGAGGAUAACCUGGGCGGGUGGUAUGAGCAGCAGGUGGCCAAUAUCGAACGGUGGGCCAGCGGUAGGGGUCUGGAGAAUGUAUUCCAGUAG